CUUCAUACUUCAUCAUCAUCAUCAUCAUUUCCAGUUUCAGAAAAUGGUUAUCUCAUCCAAGGGCAAAGUGUGUGUAACUGGGGCUUCAGGCUUCGUUGCUUCUUGGCUUAUCAAAAGGCUUCUCGAGGCUGGAUAUCAUGUGAUUGGAACUGUGAGAGACCCAGGCAAUCACAAAAAAGUGUCACACCUUUGGAGAUUACCAGGUGCAAACGAGAGGCUGCAACUUGUGAGAGCUGAUCUGUUGGAAGAAGGAAGCUUUGAUGAUGCUGUGAUGGCUUGUGAGGGCAUCUUUCACAUUGCAUCACCUGUCCUUUCCAAAUCUGAUUCCAACUGCAAGGAAGAAACUCUCAUUCCUGCGAUAAAUGGUACUCUGAACGUGCUAAGAUCGUGCAAGAAGAAUCCAUUUCUCAAAAGGGUUGUUCUUACAUCUUCAUCAUCUGCGGUAAGAAUCAGGGAUGAGAUUAAACAUGCACAAAUCUCACUUGAUGAAACAGUAUGGAGCUCUGUGCCACUCUGCGAAAAGCUACAGCUAUGGUAUGCCCUGGCAAAGAUAUCUGCAGAGAAGGCAGCAUGGGAGUUUGCCAAGGAGAAUAACAUUGACUUGGUGACUGUUCUUCCAUCAUUUGUGAUCGGACCCAGUUUAUCCCAUGAGUUAUCUGUCACUGCUGCAGAUAUCCUUGGCUUACUCCAAGGUGACACACAGAGGUUCAGUUCGUAUGGGCGAAUGGGAUAUGUUCACAUCGACGAUGUGGCGAGCUGCCACAUUCUAGUGUACGAAACACCUCAGGCUACUGGGAGAUAUCUCUGCAACUCCGUUGUUCUGGACAACAAUGAAUUAGUCGCUUUACUUGCAAAACAAUUCCCAGUAUUUCCCGUCCCAAGGAGAUUGAGGAGCCCCUAUGGAAAGCAGUCAUAUCAGCUGAACACAUCCAAGAUCCAGGAGCUGGGUUUGAAGUUCAAAGGAGUUGAAGAGAUGUUUGGUGAUUGUGUCGAGUCACUGAAAAAUCAGGGCCACUUGCUGGAGUGCCCGUUAUAAUACAAGAGAUCUUGGGCAAAAAUACCAAUAAACCCAUAGCCAAGCGAACUUGAAUUGUGACCCCACUUAAUGUCUUUCCCUUGCCAUAA